AGCUGGGGCUGGGAAAAUUAAUGUACAUUCACUUGAAAAUUAUUUCGUAAUAAUUUUAUUUUAAGUUUUACUCAUAAUCUGUUCGAAAAAGCUGUUUGAAUUGUGAAAGCUUCAAAAUGUUCGCGCUGCGUUUGUGUCGGCAUAUGUCCACCAGUAUUAAGCCGGGGGGUGGACGAGUUACUGCCAAAGUAACCCAGUUUGCUGGAAUUCCUGAUCCACGAUCCCAUACUAAUCCCAAUUUAUGGCGCAACUUGACCUUCUUGGUGGCGCUUCCUGCGGUCGGAGCGUGCAUGGUUAACGCUUAUCUGGGGGAGAAGGAGCACUGGGCACAUCCUGAGCAUGCUCGUCCCAAGUUCGUCGCCUACGAAUACAUGCGUCGUCGCACCAAACCUUUUCCGUGGGGAGAUGGAAAUCAUUCACUCUUGCACAACCCCAUGAAGAACGCUCUUCCCGAUGGCUACGAAACUGAACUGCCAGGAGAGCAUGAUGAACAUCAUUAAACAUCGUAACAAUCACGACCGAUCGGCAUUAACUUUCCUCUUUACGGAAACGGAGUACGUAGGAAUAUUGUGCUAGUUGUCAUGUGUUCUAAAGGGAUAAUAUCGUGAGUUAGUGGUCGCUGAUUUGUUGUCUAAAAAUUUUGACCAUAUGUACGGUAUGUUGCAAUCGUGUGACUAUUUGGUUGUAAAAAAAGAAAAUGUGCGAUUG